GUGGUGUGACCCAACAACACGAACAAGAAUCACAGAAAUUUUCCAUAAAAAUCAAAUCUUGGAAAAUUAAAUUCCAAACCGCCAAUUUGAAUGCAAAAGCAGCAACAAGACAUUCCCCAGAACAGAUUUCUUCUAAUUCAUCUGUAUCUCACCAUUCAUUCAUUCAAUUGAAUUCUCUUUCUCUUUUAUCCACUUCUUUUUUUCUUCCAUCUCUCUCUCUUCUUUCUCUCUCCAUUGCUUUUACUUUCUGACACCAAACCUCUCUUUGAAUCUACGUUUUCCAUGUUGUUGUUUGCUUCAGUCUCUUUACUGACUCGUUCCCAGUGAUUUUGCUUUCAGACUCAUAGAUUUGUUCUUAAGCUUCCUUUAGCUUGCUCACUUGGUUCUUAAUCAUUUGAAUCAAUCUUUAUUUAUCUUGAUAAACCCACCAUUGCACUUCUUGUUGUUUCUCACUGCUCGCUUUCCCUCUUUCUUGAUAAACCCUUAUCGCCAACUGCGUUGAUUCCUUUCCCCUUUUUCGUUUCUGGGUUUUCUUCCUCGCUUGAUUUCUUGGACUCUGGUGGUUCCAUGAGCUGUUUGGUUGCUGGGUUUGAGUGAAGAAUGAGGCCAUUUCGCUCAUUUUUUCAAGUUGUGUGCUUUUGUUUGGGACUCUUCCUUCUUGUAAAUUGUGGCUCUUCAGUUAAUUCUGCAUUAACUGAAGUGCAAGCUCUUAAGGCUUUCAAGGAAGCUAUAUAUGAAGACCCUCUUUUGGCUUUGUCAAGUUGGAAUACCCUAGAUUCAGGCCCUUGUGACUGGUCUGGCAUUUCCUGUACUACUGAUGGUGAUCAUGUCUUAAAGCUAAACAUUUCUGGAUCAUCUUUGAGGGGUUUUCUUGCUCCAGAAUUGAGUUCAUUAUCUUCCUUGCAAGAACUAAUUUUGCAUGGAAAUAAUCUGAUCGGUGCAAUACCCAAAGAAAUGGGCAUGUUGAAGUACCUAAAGGUCUUGGAUUUGGGACAGAAUCAGCUAUCCGGUCCAAUUCCUCCUGAGCUUGGAAAUUUAACUAACCUGGUGAAAAUAAACCUUCGGUCCAAUGGGUUGACUGGAAAGCUGCCUCAUGAGUUUGGCAAUUUGAAGCACCUUGAGGAGCUUCGAUUGGAUAGAAAUAAGCUUCAAGGAAUCAUUCCUGCGAGUAAUAAUUCAGAUUCUAUGUCCAGCACUCAUGGGAUGUAUGCCUCAAGUUGGACUACUAGUGGCUUCUGUGACUUGUCUCAAAUAAAAUUUGCUGAUUUUUCAUUCAAUUUCUUUGUUGGGAGCAUACCCAAGUGCCUGGAGUACCUCCCAAGGUCAAGUUUUCAAGGAAACUGCCUUCAAGCCAAAGAUCCCAAACAGCGCCCCAACGAACGAUGUGCUGGUGCUCCUCCUGCCAACCUUCCAGGAGUAAACCCAAACCACCGAUCCCCUCAAAAUGGAACUAGACAUCAGGCAGUUUCAAAAGCUGCCUCAACAUCAAAACCUGCCUGGCUCUUAGCAUUGGAAAUAGUCACUGGAACAAUGGUAGGCUGUCUUUUUGUUGUUGCUCUCUUCACUGCUCUCCAGAGAUGCAAAAGCAAACCUUCUAUAAUUAUCCCUUGGAAAAAGUCCACAAGCGAUAAGGAGAACACGACGAUAUACAUAGAUUCUGCGAUGUUGAAGGAUGUAAUGAGAUUUAGCAGACAAGAACUCGAAGUAGCAUGUGAAGAUUUCAGCAAUAUUAUUGGGUCCUCUCCUGACAGUCUAGUCUACAAAGGCACCAUGAAAGGUGGACCCGAGAUUGCUGUAAUAUCUCUUUGCAUUAAAGAAGAGAAUUGGACAGGCUAUCUUGAGCUUUACUUUCAGAGAGAGGUGGCUGAUUUGGCAAGACUAGAUCAUGAGAAUACCGGGAAACUACUGGGUUAUUGCAGAGAGAGCGAACCAUUUACAAGGAUGCUGGUUUUUGAGUAUGCAUCAAAUGGGACACUAAAUGAGCACCUCCAUUAUGGAGAAGGAUGCCAAUUAUCUUGGACACGACGAAUGAAAAUUGUUAUAGGAAUUGCUCGGGGAUUAAAGUAUCUUCACAAAGAACUCGACCCUCCUUUUACCAUCUCCGAGUUGAAUUCUAGUUCCGUUUAUCUUACAGAAGAUUUUUCUCCCAAGCUGGUAGAUUUUGAAAGUUGGAAGUCGAUACUUUCAAGAUCAGAGAAGAACUCGGGUUCCAUAGGCAGUCAAGGUGCGAUCUGUGUUCUUCCAAAUUCACUAGAAGGUCGCCAUCUGGAUAUCCGAGGGAACAUCUAUGCAUUUGGUGUACUUCUACUGGAAAUUGUCAGCGGGAGACCUGCUAAUUGUGAAGAGAGAGGUUGCCUAGUGGAUUGGGCUAAGGACUUCCUCGAGCUGCCAGAAAUCAUGCCAUACGUGGUGGAUCCGGAGCUGAAGCAUUUUGGCUAUGACGACCUGCAAGCGAUAUGCGAGGUGGUGAGACUUUGCAUCCAUCCAGAUCCGGACCCAUCUAAAUUCGCGUCGAUGGAGGAACUAUGCAGCAUGCUGGAGAGUAGAAUCGACACAUCAGUGUCGGCUGAGCUGAAGGCGUCUUCUUUGGCAUGGGCAGAGCUUGCACUUUCAUCCAACUGAGAGCUGAAGCUAACAAACAAACACAGGACUGUAAAUCUGGAAUACGAGAUUGUAAUACUCUCUGGUUGUGACUCUUCAACCAACCAGCCUGCCUUUGGUCUCCGUUCUUAUGUAAAUGCAUCAGAUGAUCAAAUCCAUGCUCAAGGAAACAAGAGUGUUUCAUGCAUGGCAAAUCCUUCCUCAUCCCUUUGUAUACGCCCGGCUGCUUGGCACAUUUGGUAACAUUACUAAAUAGUGAAAGCUCACUUUACA